AAAAACUAUUUCUUUUCUCCAAUCCACUCUUCAACAUUAAAAAGGCUCUAUUUUUCAUCCAACUCCCGUUUUCACUUUCCAUAAUUGAAGUUACUCGAAAUGUCACUCUCCUUGCAAUCUCCGCCUUCUUCAGCUAUCUCCUCCAAAUCUUCUCUUCAGGGUGCAAGAUUGAGGCUUUUAAGUGGAUCAAGAGCUUCAAGUGCUGUUUUUUUCAAGUUCCAAUCGUCUUUUCCUCAAAUUCGUGCUUCUUCUGGCUUCUCUUCUUCUUUAGAUACUGGUGCAAGUACUGAAUUGGAUGCUGUGUCUAGCUUCAGUGAGAUAGUUCCUGAUACUGUCAUCUUUGAUGAUUUCGAGAAGUUUCCUCCAACUGCUGCUACUGUUAGCUCUUCGCUCCUUUUGGGUAUACUAAGUCUCCCCGAUACCAUAUUCAGAAAUGCUGUGGAUAUGGCCUUGGCAGAUUCAGGUUGUGCAGCUCUGGAUAAUCCUGAAUUAAGAUUGUCUUGUUUUGCCAAUAAGGCUCUAGUGAAUGUUGGAGGUGAUUUAUCAAAAUUAGUUCCUGGUCGAGUUUCAACUGAAGUGGAUGCACGGUUGGCUUAUGAUACUCAUGGCAUUAUCCGGAAGGUGCAUUCGCUGCUGAAGUUGUACGAUGAAAUCAAUGUUCCACCUGAGCGCUUGUUAUUCAAAAUUCCUUCAACUUGGCAAGGGAUAGAAGCCUCAAGAUUACUGGAAUCUGAGGGCAUCCAGACUCAUUUGACUUUCGUUUACAGCUUUGCUCAAGCUGCAGCUGCAGCCCAAGCUGGUGCUUCUGUUAUUCAGAUUUUUGUUGGACGCCUUAGGGAUUGGGCACGCAACCAUUCUGCUGACCCUGAGAUAGAAGCUGCUCUGAAAAGAGGAGAGGAUCCUGGUUUGGCUUUGGUGACAAAAGCUUAUAAUUACAUUCACAAAUAUGGGCAUAAAUCAAAGUUGAUGGCAGCGGCAGUUCGUAACAAACAGGAUUUAUUCAGUCUUCUGGGGGUUGACUACAUCAUUGCACCACUGAAGGUAUUGCAAUCUCUCAAAGAGUCCAUCACUAGUCCUGAUGAGAAGUAUUCUUUUGUUCAGAGGUUAUCACCACAAUCUGCUGCUGCCUACAAAUUCAGUGAAGAAGAGCUUGUAAAGUGGGACCAAUUAGGUCUUGCAUCGGCUAUGGGGCCUGCAGCAGUCGAGCUUCUAGCUGCUGGUUUGGAUGGUUACGUUGAUCAAGCAAGACGAGUUGAUGAACUAUUUACAAAGAUUUGGCCACCGCCAAAUGUAUAAAAUUUUCUAGUUUUUGAGCAACAUUGGCUUCCUGGAAUAAAAGGAAUUCUCGUUCAUUUUGUUUCUUUUA